CACACUCAAAUCGCACGGACAUGGUUCAUCAUCAGGUUUUAAGGGACUGUCUUCUUAGAAAUCAAGGAUACGAAGAUACUUCCUAUAGAACAGAUCCUGUUCAAGUAAGGUCGUGACCACUGCUGCUUCCUAAACAUAUAUAAACAAGCCAACUCUUCUUUGAGUUUCCGAUGUGGGACGCUCGUUUCCCCACUUAUUCAGCUUCUCUCGUGACACGUGUUCUUUAUUAAACCAAAAUCAAAUAAAAACUUAAAGCUAUUUAUAUAUCGCGCAUGUUAGCACUUUACUUCAGUGGUGUCUCUGAAGAAGGAACACAGAGAAACGAAACGACAGUAAGAGUAAGAGACAAGGUUUUGUCUUGAAUCCUAAAGACUUGUACUUUCGGUUGCGUUCUUGAAAUUGAUGUGUGAAUAUUUGAUUUUCAGAGCUUCAUGGGUUCUAUUACGACGAGGAGAUGACUAAAGGACCUAUCACUGGUGCUCCCGACACAAAGCCUGUCCAGGUUUAUGUUACUUUUAAGUUUACCAGUUCGUGUAAAGCUCGAGUCUUUUUGCAGAAUCAAUGAAAGUUGUUGCCUUUAACUACGUCUUAGGAACCUAAUUAUCAGAAGAGAAUGAAGCUACUUUGUUCCAGAGAGCUAAGUGGCAGUGUUGUUCGUGUCAAUAAGAAGAGAUGUAACUUCAAGGAGGAGAUUUUAAAGACACAAGCCUCUGGUAUGGAGAUACGAUUCCACGGCAGACGUAGGCGAUGCUGCUUUGAAACAGUUUCAGGUUGAAAAGAAAGAGCAUGCUAGUAGCAGGUAGUACUGAAGGGCCUUGAGGUAUGUAUGAGCCUGUUUCUUAGAAGAUUUUUUUUAUAUUUUCCAUCUUUAUGCAAUGUUCAAGGAAUCGCUAGGCGGUGGUUAAGCUCCUUAUAGAGGAUUAAUGUUUAGGCAGAUAUUUAGACCGAAUUUUUACUUUUUUAACAUCUAGACCAAUGCUUUGGAAGUUUGUUUGUUUCAGCGUACUGAGAGUUUCUAAAGCUGGACAAGUAGCACCCUUUGAUGAGUCUGAAACUCAAGGUUUAAAUGGUGUAACCGAGUGCGAACCAGUUUGUGUUCUUCCUCGCGAGGCAGAAGAAAGAGAAGCACCUAGGCUUCUACGGACACCUGCACGCUUUCGUUUAGCUUCUUGUAUAUCUUCUAUUCAGUUGAUUGGAAGACCUGAUGCUUCUCAGGGGGCGGCAUUGAUAACUACAACGGGAUCAGCUGCGGGAAGACCCUCGGUUUUCAUCUUAAGUCUUGCUGAGGAACCGUACAUGGUCACUCGGAGAAGCCUCCAAGGGGAUGUUUCCUCAGAGUGUCCCAUUUGGACAGCUGAUUGUGAUAGGAGUGGGAGUCGUGCAGCUAUUGGUACCAACCUAGGAGCCGGUUUGGUUGAUUUGGAAACAGAAGCUGGUUCUUACUUUCUCCCAAGUGAAAGCCAUGUUUUGGUUCUACAGUUUCAUCAAUCGGGAAACAUUGUUCAUUGAUUGUGACGGUUGAUCUACGUAUGAGACCAGGCACCCUACCAUUUUUAUCUACUACAAAAUAGUCAUACUAGAAGUCUAGGUCCAUAUAUUCAAAUAAUUUUUUUUUAUUGUUUACAUUAAUUUAUUUAAUGUAUAACAUUUCUAAAUAAUUAUAAGGAUAUUAAUAAUAAAUCUAUUUUAACUAUAAAUUUAAAUUUUAGUUUUAGGUAUAACAAAAUUUGUUAAGAAAAAAUCUAACAAAAUCUUUUUUAAAAUUUAAAUAUUAUUUUCAUUAAUGCACUGAUUGAUUUUGCAAUUAGUAGUAUAAUAUUAUUAUAAAUU